AUGUUCAAGCAAGAUCUUAAGGAUCCUUCAAAUAGGCUUUUAUCUUGGGUUGGUAAGGGAGAUUGUUGCAAUUGGACUGGAGUUGUUUGCGACAAUUUAACCGGUCAUGUCCGUGAGCUGCACCUUGGAUAUUAUUAUUCAGAUGAGUAUCUGAAUUGCAGUUUGUAUCAAGAAAACUCUUUGGGUGGCAAGGUAGAUACUUCUCUACUAAAUUUAAAGCAUCUGAACUACAUGGAUCUAAGCAACAAUGAUUUUGGACGAAUACAGAUUCCUAGCUUCUUAGAUUCCUAG